UCUAUCUGUCUGUCUAUCUAGGGCAGUCCUGGUCAAGAAUUAAUUAUAUAUAUGACAUAUAAGGCUUCAUCCUGCUUUCAGUGAAUGGCAGAUACACUGAGUAGUUGAGUCUGAACACAUGACCCAAAAUGAUCAGCAGAAAUUGGAAGGCUGAUUUCUUUCUUUUCCACCAGCAAGGCUCGGCAUUACCGCGACCUGACAGAAACUUUGCAUUAUGCGGUCUAACUUCAUUCACUUUGCUUCCAGCAUCUGACCUGAUCAGGGGGAUGUCUGCAGGAUGGCUUGCAGAAGCAUGCUUAGAUGUAGGGCCUGAAUCCUUCCUUCCACAGUGAAAGUGUUUAGAGGAAAUGGAAUACUUCUGUUUUAUGUAUUUGUGCAACUACACCAGUAACAGUGGUAUUGAAUUGCAUAAGAAAUGAAGUGUAUAAUUGGUAAGCAGAUGGUUGUGGUAUGGAAUUUCUUUCAGAAAUAUUUAAAAACUCCCGAAAGCAUUCAUAGUUCAAUCUGUUUUAUUUUCUGUCUUCAGCAGCUUUGCUUCAAUCCACAUGCAUGUUUUGACUCAGUAUUAUAACAUUUUAAUAAGUGUUGCAAGUUCUGAGUAAAGAGUAAAAUCUGUAAGAUAUUGAUUUAUAACACAAUAAUUCCUGUGUCUGUUUCAGAUGGCCAGUUGGUGUGCUUUUUUCCUCCUUUGCUGCGUACUAAGCUGUGCAGAAUUUGCUCCUAUGUCCCGUUUUGUCCAGAAAAAUAAAUACAACAAUUUAUUUAGUCUCACAAGAUCCACUCGGAUCCACGUGCAGCACCUACUGAAGAAAUACAAGGAGCAGCAGAUGGGAAACAUACAUUUCGAGGACCGAAGCCGCCACUUAAGGGAUCUACCUUUGCUUUCCACAGACUUCAACAGCUGGCUUCAGUUGUCGGACUCGGACAGGCUACACAGAGCGUUCACGGACAUCCAGACCUACUGGGGCAUGCUGGAGAGGAAAAGGAAGCAACUGGAGAAGGAGCAGAACGUGCAGAGGAUGGCAACCAGUUUGCUUCAGAGCAUCAAGCACAUUCAGCUGGACUUACGAGACCUGAUGAGCCAAGUCAGCAGUCAGAUGAAAGUCGUUAGGAGCUCUUGGGUCAGGCCGACACCUGCUGCAGCCCUACAGAACCCGCAAAGAAGCUCCAGAACAGUGUGGGAAAGCAGAGUGGAGGGCUACAUCAUUCUCAGGGACCUAGACCUUUACCUCACAAAAUUAGCUAGAGACUUUCUACUACUGGCCUCCAAAACACACUUGUGACACAAAAGACUUCUGAAACAGAAGACUUAGGACAAUAACUGAACAAUCACACAGCACCUAUGGGAUUAACAGGUUUAUAACAUUAAUCUAAACACUGCAUUACUUAUUUUCUUUGAAUUACUACUGUAUAUUUCAGGGCUUUUUUGGGUAUUUCCCAAAGUUUCUAUCUUUCUUCUAACUGUAAGUUAGACACAUGCCCCCAGAAGAUAUCCCAACAUCCUGUUUUUCCACCACAGCCUCAAUCUUCAGGACUUUCCAAAGAAGUAUUUGCUAUUUAUUAUUAUAUUUAUUAAUGUGCUAUUUAUUUCAAAGUUGUUCAUUUGAGUUGUUCACAAGUAUGGAAAUAAUGUUUUACAGAAGGUGUUUUGAUAAUAACAGAUAAAUACGGUUGUUGAUGAAUUUCAAUAAAUCAACUCAGAAAAACAGUGAAGACUUCAUAUUUCUAAUAUGUAAAUAAUUAAUAGUAGUUGCCUGACAUCAUGUUAUAGAAGGGUUUGUAAGGCCCAGGAGACAUGUUGCAUAUUCUGCAAAGUACAAAGCUAUAAAAUGUUUUGAGUAAUAGUCCUUCAGUCUUGUUUAUAUGACUCAGAAAUUAGCAUCUGAUCUGACAUUUGAAUAAAGAGUUAUUUCACCACUUUUAAGGACUCGGGACAAUAGUUGUUCAGCUCUAGUUCAAGAUCUAAAAUAUUUACAAUGCUCAGACUGGGUUGAAUUAUUAUACAUCAAGAUUCUGAUUUUUGAAGGUUUUAUUUGGGUAAACACAAAAAAGCAAGUUUUAUUUAAAGAUGUUUUUUUUUGUGAACUAGGCAAUGGAUCGUUACUGGUGCCAAGAUAAAGAUUUUAACAAGUAAAGUUUUAAAAUCAAUGAAAAAUGUUUUGUCAAACUGUUUCUAUUUUUCACAAGAUAUUAGAGAAAGUGAUCAGAGUUUAAUUUGGCAGUUUAAAGUAUAAAAUAUUGAUACUCCCCUCCCCCACUGCUGCUGCGUACUGACAGUCAGCUGUCUUUCUUGUAAGCUAUUUUGGUUGCUUGUAUGUUACAGUUAAUAUUGUGGAAAGCUCAAACUAGCCAAUGUCUAAUUUAAACCCUAUUUAAAGGGCUCCAGCCUGAAUCCACAGCUCAGAUUCAGGGUCUCGGCUCAGACCUAAUUAUUUUAGACUAAAUAUAGAUUCUCUGAAACACAGUUUGUAAUUUGUGAAACUUUAAUUCCUUGUGUUAAAACACAAAAAAAUAUGAUUUUAAUAUUUUUUUUCCUUCAUUAAGAUUACCUUAAAUAGAGUCCUGCCUAAAUAACUGUUCUAAGACAAAUCACACAUGAACUGAAUUAUUCUGUAGUGUUUUAAAAUGUCAUGUUUUGUAAAACCUUUACUGAAUUAAGAAAAAUGGGAACAAUGUAAAUGUCAAGGUCCUUUUGACUCCAAACCCAGUUCACGCCUUUUGAAACUCUCCCAAACUCCUGUCUUAGCUUUGAUCAACAA